AUGACGGAGCGGCUGAGUGUCCAUGGGGAUGCUGCAGGCCUCGAUAGCAUCAGCCAUGCCAGUGAGAUGAGGGUGCAGAGUUCGGAGUCCGGGUGCAGGCCGCGCGUUCCUCCAGGCCAGCAGGGGGCGCUGUUCGGGCCGGCGCGGGGCGGUGGCGGCCAUGCAGGACGGCGGUGCCCACAGGCGGCGGCGCAGGGCUCGAAGGCGGCGGCGCAGGAACUGGUGAAGUUCGUGAACCGCAGUCCGUCGCCGUACCACGUGGUGGCCGAAUGCCGCAGCCGGCUACUGCAGGCUGGCUUCCAGGAGCUGAAGGAGACGGAGCACUGGGACGUGCGGCCGGCGCAGAAGUACUUCAUCACCAGGAACUACUCCACCCUCAUCGCCUUCGCCGUCGGCGGCCAGUUCCAGCCCGGGAAUGGGUUCAGCCUGCUAGGAGCCCACACCGAUAGCCCCUGCCUCAGGGUGAAGCGUCGCUCUAAGAGGGGACAGGUGGGCAUAGUGCAAGUUGGAGUGGAGACCUAUGGAGGGGGCAUCUGGAACACCUGGUUCGACCGUGACCUCACCGUGGCCGGGAGGGUGAUCAUAAAGGACCCAGCCACGGGGCGCCUGGAGCAGCGCCUGGUACGUGUGGAGCGGCCCGUCCUCCGCAUUCCUCACCUGGCCAUCCAUCUGCAGCGCAGCAUCAAUGAGAACUUCGGACCCAACACCGAGCACCACCUGGUUCCAAUUCUGGCCACUGCAGUGCAGGAGGAGCUGGAAAAGGAGGUGCUUAUGGAGUCCACACCUUGCAGUGCUGCGGCCCAGGCAGAGCGGCACAGUCCUGUUCUGCUUUCCCUGAUCUGCCCCCAGCUGGGGGUGAAACCAGAGCAGAUUGUGGAGAUGGAAUUAUGCCUGGCAGAUACACAGCCAGCGACGCUGGGUGGUGCCUUCGAUGAGUUCAUCUUCUCCCCACGUCUGGACAACCUGCACAGCUGCUACUGCGCCUUGCAGGCCUUGAUUGACUCAUGUGCAGCACCCUCAUCCCUCUCCGAGGAGCCCAAUGUGCGUCUCAUCGCGCUCUAUGACAACGAGGAGGUAGGGUCAGAGAGUGCACAGGGUGCAGAGUCCUUGCUAACGGAGCUGGUGCUGCGCCGGAUCUCUGCGUCGCCGCACAAUCUGACAGCCUUCGAGGAGGCAGUGGCCAAGUCUUACAUGAUCAGUGCUGAUAUGGCCCAUGCUGUGCACCCCAAUUAUGUGGACAAGCAUGAGGAGAAUCAUCGUCCAGCCUUCCACAAGGGCCCUGUCAUCAAAGUGAACAGCAACCAGCGCUACGCCUCCACGGCUGUCACUGAAGCUGUAAUCCGGGACAUUGCUGCCCGCGUGGGUGUCCCUCUGCAGGAGUUCAUGGUGCGCAACGACACACCCUGCGGCACCACCAUCGGCCCCAUCCUGGCCUCCCGCCUGGGGCUGCGUGUGCUGGACAUUGGCUGCCCGCAGCUGGCCAUGCAUUCCAUCCGGGAGAUGUGCUGCACUUCAGGGGUGCUUCAGAGCAUCACCCUCUUCAAGGGCUUCUUCGAGCUCCUGCCGACGGUCAGCAACAGCCUGGUGGUCGACUGAACGUGGCGGGGAGGCAGUAGCAGUGGGGUUUAGUCCUGGGGCCAUUAAAGCAUUUCUGUCUCACCA